ACCGUGUGACAAAAACAUAGAUGGCAUAUGCAAAAAACAAAUGCAAACAAAUCAUAACAUAACUUUGUUUAGGUGUAACGCCAUGGCAAAAAUGUAUAAACCACUUUUUUACUUUUCAACUCUUAUUAUCCUCACAUUAAUUGAUGCUUGUGAGUCUAAUCCGAUUGUAACAACAAAAUUUGGUCAAAUUAAAGGUUUUGCCGGUAAGCAUGAUGAUCUUGAAUACGAAACCUUCUUGGGUAUUCCAUUUGCUGAGCCACCAUUAGGACAUUUACGCUUUCAAUUACCUCAACCAUUCAAUUCAACUUGGACAACACCAUAUGAAGCAAUGGAUUAUGGUAAUGGUUGCUCCCAAACGCCUUCAACAGAAAACAACUUCAAUACAAGCGAAGAUUGUUUGUAUCUGAAUAUAUGGAGACCUGUGUUGAAGGGUGCAAGUAAUGGUACAGAGCUGCUGCCUGUAAUGUAUUACCUCCAUGGUUCUGGAUAUACAGUGGGUUCAGGAAGGUUUAGCCAUAUGUUAGCUGCAACACAAAAGAUAAUUUUUGUCAGUUCCAACUACCGACUUGGGGCACUUGGUUUUGCUUAUGGUUCUCAUACUUCAAUGCCUGGCAAUCUUGGUAUUUAUGAUGCUUUGACGGUUCUUCGAUGGAUACGUGAUAAUAUCAGAUCAUUUGGUGGAGAUCCUAAUCGUGUAACAUUAGCAGGACAAAGCGCUGGAUCUCAAAUAGUUUCAAUUUUAGCAACUUUACCAGAUAAAUUUGACUCACAGUCUCUAUUUUCCCGCCUAAUAAUGAUGAGUGGUGCAUCAACAAGCCAAUUACAAGCUGACAGUGCAUCGGUUGCCUUAUCAAAGACUCGUCUAUUAGCCUCUAAAGUGAACUGUUUGAGCCAAGUUGAUCAGUUUGGAUCAAAUGAACUGUCAGAUGAAACUAUCAGCUGUCUAAAAAAAGUAGAUGCAAAAGAUUUAGUGAAAGUACAAAAUUCGUACGAUAUUAAAGUGCUUGGUGCCUCAGAGCUUAUGGUAUCUUUACCAGUUUAUGGAACAGAAUUGAUACCAGAUGAACCAAUGAUAAACCAUGCCAGACAAAUUGAAUCAGUUAAAGGUAAACCAAUGCUGUUUGGAUCAGAACAAGAUGAAGCCUCAAUGAGUUCAUCGUUUGACGGCAUCUUUACUCUAAAUGAUGCUUAUAAAUUUACUAAGGAGCGGAUUUCAUUUGCAAUCAAAAACAUUACAAACGAUCAAUUUGAUGCAAUUUAUGCAUUAUACUUCGCUGAUGCUGAUCCUUCUAGUCCUUACGAUAUUAGAUCAAGAUGUGUCAAUCUGGGUUCCGAUAUGAAUUUCCGUUGUCCAUCAUUGAUAUUAGCUGAACUUUUUUCACAGAAAAAUCCAGACAUUUAUUUCUAUCUUAAUAGCUAUGUUGGUAAAAAGUUGGCCGAGAAUGCUGGAAGAUUAUAUGGGACAAAGCAUAAUGAUGAUAUUGAAUUUGCAUCAGGAAAUCCAAUAUUAAAUCACGAAGCGUACACAGACAAGGAUAGAAAGUUCAGCAAGUUAUUUCUCGAUCUGUUUGGCAAUUUCACUAAAGGCUUAAAAUUUGAUGAUUGGCCAUCCAUUGCAGUAGACAUGAACGAUUAUGAGUAUCCACCAAUAAUUAAAAAGCUAACCUUGCCUCCUACAAACAUGUUAUAUCAUGGCCAACAAUUCUGUAUGAAAUGGGCAGAACUAUUGAAUUACUCCUUUCCACCAGAAAUUUCUGAUUAAAACAUUAAUAAACUUCAAUAUUUACAGUA